CUCCUGUUUCAUUGGGUUUUUGGGUGUGGAUAUUAUUUGCUGUUGUCAUGGAUACAUUGUAAAAGCAUCUAAGAUAUUUACCUGUGCAUGUUGGAUAUUAAUAUGGACGUGUUGAAAGUGGUUGAUAUUUUUUUUGGUUUUUGGGUAUGGAUAUUCUUUAGAGUGUCAUGGAUAUGUUUAGUGAUAGGUUAAAUAUUAUUCUGGGUAUAUUGGAUAUUUUGGUGGAGGCUACUGAUACAUUUAUGGAACAAAAGGAUACGAUGUAAUUAAAGGUUGGAUACUUGUCGAAGCCUAAGAAUUCAGUCUGUUUAUGAGUAUGAUUUAGACGUCUAUUUGAUACUAUUGUGGGCAUGUUGGGUAAUUGUCUGGGCAAGUUAAAUGUGGAUACUAACAUGGCCUCAUACAAUUAAAUCGCAGCUCACAAGACAUCGUACCUAGAAGAUGAGGAAACGAGGAAGAACAUAUUUUAUCGGACUAAGGAAGAGUGUUUGGCUUUCUAUAAACGCUAUGCUCACGAAAAGGGUUUUGGUGUUCGAAAUGGUGCUCAACACCAAAAAAAGAUGAAGAAUUCUAAUGGAGAGGUGGAGAAAAUAUAUUUAUACCUUUAUUACUUUUGUAAUAAGCAAGGUUGGACUUCCACUAGCGAAGUAGAUGUGGAGAAACAAAAACAGUCCGAAGACAAAGUUGUGGAGACAAAGCGUCCUAAAAGAAAGAGGCCUCGAGUUAGGGUUGGAUGCAGUGCCCGUGUUCGUUUUCGAUGGGAUGAAUCUAGAGACGGAUAUGUGGUGUAUGAAUUUGUGGGAGGCCACAAUCAUGAUUUGCACUCCACCGAGCAUACGCACCUUAUCAAGUCCAACAAGUGCAUGAGUGAUGCUCAGAAAAAGAUGGCCGAAGCUAAUCGCGAUGCCGGGAUGAGUCUUAGUGCAUCGUAUCAGUUAUUGGCUGACUGUGCUGGUGGCUAUCAAAAUCUGAAAUUUUCCAAAUACGAUCAGAAGAACCACUUGAACAGUAGAAGGCAAAGGAAAAUGGCUCGUGGCGAAGCGACUUAUUUGCUUGACUACUUUGAGGACCAAAAGGAAAAGCAUCCUGGCUUCUUUUAUGAUGUAGAGGUAGAUUCCGAGGAGAAAAUUGCUAAUAUUUUUUGGGCGGACAGUAGGAUGCGUGAAGAUUAUGCGCUUUUUGGAGAUUCGGUCUCCUUUGAUACCACCUUCCGAACCAAUAAAUACUUCCGUCCACUAGGUACGUUAAUCACUUAAUUGCCUUGAUUUUUUUCGACACACGUACGGUUAUGGAUUGGUUGUAAUAGUUGUCAGGAGCAUGGAUGUUUGAAUAGAGUGUUGGGUGGUUCAAGAGUGGACUCUUGUGAUCCGAUAUUGACAUGGCCUCACAGGAUAUGUUUUGGUAAUAGGACGAAUAUUUGUUUGGCAUUAUGAGAUACUAGUCUGGGUUCUACAGAUAUUUGUUGACAUGUUUUGGGACAAUAUCAAUUCCUAAUUCCCUAAGUUUUUUUGACACUCGUUCGGUUAUGCAUUGUCAUUAAUAGUUGUCUUGUGCAGGGAUGUUUGUAGGUUUCAACCACCAUCGUCAAACUUGUGUGUUUGGUGCUUGUUUGAUAUAUGAUGAGACUACACCGUCUUUUGAAUGGUUGUUUUUAGCUUUUAGUCGGUGCAUGAAGGAGAAGCUCCCAGUCACUAUUUUUACUGAUCAGGACGCCGCCAUGGCUGCUGCCCUUAGAAAGGAGUGGCCUACUGUGUUUCAUGGCCUCUGUACUUGGCACAUCCUCAUGAAUGCGAAGAAGCAUCUUCGUAAGGACAAGGCAUUUUGGAAGAAGUUCCAACCUCAUCUUUCUUAUAUUUUCUACGACAUCGACAGUGAGAGAGAGUUCGACAUGGCCUGGAGCACAAUGGUUGCUGAUUGUUUCCCUAAUAGUGAAAUUGCAGACGGUCACCCAUGGUUGGAAUAUUUGAAGAAAUUUCGUCGUCGAUGGUGUUCCUUAUGGUUGAGAGAUCAAUUCACAGCCAGGAUGUUGACUACGCAAGCCAGCGAGUCAUGCAAUGCACAAGUGCGACUUUUCUUGAAACCGAAGCAUGAUUUGGACUUGUUUUUCAUUCACUUUAGCAGUUUGUUGGCUGAAAAAAGACGAAAGGAGACUGAGUCAGACUACAAUGGGAAACAAUCGGUUCCUUAUAUUAUGUUGGAGGAUAGCCCAAUCCUACAACAUGCGGCAAAGGUCUUUACUCCUGACAUCUUCAAUCGGAUACAAAAGCAGUAUUUGAAAACUGAACCCUAUAUAAUGGAGACUCUCUCAGAUACUAGGGAUGAUGGCAUGACUGGCUACCUCACAUAUAUGAUAGAGGAUGGUGAGCGUAGUGAUGAGCGUGUCGUUCUCGUUGAUAUUUCUACGAGGACAUUGGUAUGCGAAUGCAGGAUGUUCAGAACUUUCGGAGUGUUAUGCCGCCACAUGAUUAAAGUGAUGCGGCAUCUUGGAGAUUUUGGGGAAGCCAGUAUGAGAAGUAUUCCAGAUCAUUACAUACUCGAGCGAUGGACGUUGGAGGCGAGAAAGAAAGUGGUUGUUGAUGUCGAUGGUUGUGUUGGUCCUUCAGCUGACAGUGAGAAUGAUGCAGGAAUAGGUAUAGCAAUGCGGUACCGAGAAACCACUGCAAUGUUGAAUCAACUAGCAACGAAACUGUCGAUGGCCGAGGAGAAAGACUACAAUAAUUGGAUGGGAGUACUCGAGAAAGUGUGCAAUGAGGCAAACAAGGCAUUGUCAAAGACUAUUACUAGCGAGGACAGACGAUCUAUACCGAUAACUGGGCUGACUUUGAAGGAGAAGAGUAAUCCAAGGAGCAACGGUAAGGAACGUUACAAGUCUAUGAAUGAAAAAGAACGCCGUCGAAAGAAACGUGUCUAUAGGAAGGGAAUGGCAUCAAAUGAAGCGGUCACGCCGAACAACAAUACUCAACCGGAUGACCAUCUCAGUGAUUUGGAUGAUACUAUUGCUCAAUGGUAAUGAAUAUAAUGUUGGGUGGGUCGAGUGUGAUCUAUUGUGAUCUGAUAUUGACAUGUGAACCCAGGAUACGUUUUUUGAUGAAGUGGAUAUUAAUCAAAUUGUAACAGAUAA